GAUCUCGGUGCACCUCGCGCAGGAGGUGGCGAGCCGAGACGACAUGCCGCUCGACGAGGAGAAGAAGCUGUGGAAUGGGCUGGUCCACCUGUGCCUCUUCUUCAUCCCGCCGCACCGCAUGAAGCGCGCCGACGUCGAGCUAAUGCAGCGGCUGCACACGCUGGUGCCGCUCGUGGUGGUCAUUGCGAAGAGUGACACCAUGACGACUGAGGAGACGUGGAAGUUCAAGCACCAAGUGUGUGACCAGCUCAAGCAGCACGUCUCGACCUUCCGCUUCAACGAACGGUCAAUCAAGGAGGUCGAGAAGCUCCACGCCGAGCACGCCGUCGACACGUUCCAGCCUCUCUACGGCGGCGCCGACGGCUCCUUGCCCUGGGCGGUCAUGGGCGCCGAUGACUCGCAGCGCGAGUACAUCUGGGGGACGGCCAUCACGAACGAGCCACGCCACUCCGAGCUGCCAGCGCUCCGCGACUUGCUGCUCAGGGCGGGAGGGUGGCAGCAGCUGAAACGAGACGCGGCACUCAAGGCGGACAAGGAGGCCGCACGUCGCGCCAAGGCGACGCUACCGCCGUGCCGGUGGGGCAGCGAACUGUGGCGGGGGACGCGUGUCGGUGCGGAGGGCCUCCUCUCCUCCCGGCUCCUCUCGCCCCUCCUCGCAGUCCUCGCCCUCGUGGCCGCCCUCGUCGUCGCCUUGACCGUGCGUGACGCCUUCCACAAGGAGAUGUCGAGUGUUCUCACGCUCGAGCAGCAGCUUGAAGCGCUGGGACGCGACUUGUCCUCGUGCAGCCAGGCGCGCGACGCGCUCGACAGGGCGUCCUCCGCCGCCAAGGCCGAGAGGAUGCUCUACGAGCGCAAGGUGGCAAUGCUGGAGGACGACUGGAAUGAGUGCACGCAGGUGCGCAAGGCGUUGGAGAUCGACCUGCAGGCGAUCAAGACGACGCCCAAGCCGCCGCUUGCCGCGGCGACGGAGCGGCAGGCGCGCUCGUGGUGGUGAUGUGACGAAUCGAGCCAAGGAUGAAAGGGUUUUACAAGACUGUGGGUUUCUCUCGCCUAUGUGCGUCAGCCUGUGGCGCUGUGCGCUGUGGGGUAUCGGAUCUGCGACAAAAGUUGUGUUUUUGGAGUUGUAUGCGAGACUUGCGAGG